GAGGUGGUUUUCUCAGGCUGUAAAGAUUACGCGACAUCGAAAGUUUAGCAAAUAUUACGAAAACGAAUUGAAAAUUUUCGAUUUCUUUUUAUAAAAAGUUAUUUAAAUAAAUCUUUACAAAACGCCUUACCUCGUUAAAGUUAUCGAAUUUGGUGAAAAAAUGUUGCGUCAAUUAACACGAGUCGGUCAACUGCCUCAAGUGGCUAAACAAUUGCAAAAAGUAGGUGGUAAUAGUUGUAUUUUAUUAAAUAAAAAACAUUUGCAUGUUGUGGUGUGUUGUUCGUCUUCUCGCCAUGCACUAGUUGUGCCAAAACAUAAGAGUUUUCAUCUAAAAGCAAACACUUCUAAUCAAGGACGUUUUAAAUCAAGCUCAUUUUUCGGUUUAUUCCAGAGUUCUGCUGUAGCCGGUACACAAAAAUCCAAUAAUUAUGCCACGGAAGCCACAGUGCAAGUGCAACGGCCCUUCAAAUUGCAUCGUUUGGACAAGGGACCUGAAACCACCGUCAAAUUGACCAAGGAAGAAGCCACCAAAUAUUACACACAAAUGCAAAUCAUUAGACGUAUCGAAACCUCUGCUGGUAAUUUGUAUAAAGAGAAAAUUAUUCGUGGUUUCUGUCACUUGUACUCUGGCCAAGAAGCCUGUGCUGUGGGCAUGAAGGCCGCUAUGCGUGAUGUGGAUAAUAUUAUUUCCGCUUAUCGUGUGCACGGUUGGACCUAUUUGAUGGGUGUACCACCAGUGAAAGUUUUAUCCGAAUUGACAGGACGUAAAAGUGGCUGUGCCCGCGGCAAGGGUGGUUCUAUGCACAUGUACUCACCAAAUUUCUUUGGUGGUAAUGGUAUUGUAGGAGCUCAGGUUCCCUUGGGUGCCGGUGUCGCUUUAGCCUGUCAAUAUAAGGGCAAUGGUGGCAUGUGUUUGGCUUUGUAUGGUGAUGGUGCUGCCAAUCAGGGUCAAGUCUUUGAAGCCUACAAUAUGGCCUACUUGUGGAAACUACCUUGCAUUUUUGUGUGUGAAAACAAUAACUAUGGUAUGGGUACCAGUGCUGAACGUGCUUCCAGCAAUACUGACUACUAUACCCGUGGUGAUGCUUUGCCCGGUAUCUGGGUAGAUGGUAUGGAUGUUUUGGCUGUACGCAGUGCCACCGAAUUUGCCAUUGACUAUGUCACUAAGAACGGUCCACUGGUAAUGGAAACCAAUACUUACCGUUAUUCCGGCCAUUCUAUGUCUGAUCCCGGUACCAGCUAUCGUACUCGUGAAGAAAUCCAAGAAGUGCGCCAGAAACGUGAUCCUAUUACCUCUUUCAAGGAUUUAGUUAUUGAAUUGGGUCUCAUGACAACCGAUGAAAUCAAAGCAAUUGACACUAAGGUGCGCAAGGAAAUCGAUGAGGCUACUGCCGCCGCUAAAGCUGAUGCUGAAUUGCCACUUUCUGGCUUAUGGACUGAUGUCUAUUCUAAAUGUUUGGAGCCCAAGAUACGUGGCACCGUUGAUUUCAAUCUAAAACAUAUUCAAGAAAAUAAGGGUGUUAAUCAUUAAGUUUAUUUCAAGAACAAAAUAGAAAAAAAAUAUACUUCAUCAGCUUUUAGUGUUCAAAAGAAAACAAAAAAAAAAGGGAAAAUAUUGUAAAUUUUAUUAGCCAACGAUAUUAAUUGAAAGUGAAAUUUGAUAUUUUAUUUUGUUAUUAUUGUUUUUUUAAGUUUAAAAAGUGUGCAAAAAGUUUACACCAAAAGCUAUCUGCAAUCUACUCAUCUCAAUUGUUGAAAACAAAUAAUGUUUUAUGUAAAUAUUUUUAGUUUUUGAAAAAAAAAAAAUCAUUUUUAAAUUUCUUUAAAAAUAUAAACACCA